GUUAGCUAUUAAAUUUAACGGGGGCAUUUAAUCAAGGUGUCUUCCUUUAGCGCAUAUUUAGGCAAAUUCUGCGAGAAAUCUUGGGAACAACAUUCUGCUCCAUAGCGAAAAACCAAAGAGAUUUUGGCUUCAUAGGAGAAGGUGAACUGUUUGUGGGAAAACGUGCACACAAAAGAAAAGGCAAUGGAAGAACUUGGGCCUCAUGGGCACAGAUCUUACUUACUUUAUGGCGCCACUAUGUUCGUCAUUUUAACCCUUGGCCUCAUUGGGAACUUCCUCACCCUUAUUGUUCUUUUCCACCCGCAACAUCGGACCAAGAGCAUGACUCCGCUUAUGGUAAACCUAUGUGUUGCAGACCUACUGGUGUGUUUGUUUGGGUACACUGUGGCAGUGAACUACAACACGGCAGAUUUUGCAAACACUGGCAGUGCCCCUGCCCUUUGCUACUGGCUUGCCUUUAUCAACGCCGCCACAGGCCUGGCCUCCAUCGGUACCUUGGCUGUCAUGGCAAUCAUAACAUACUUGGGUAUCUCUAGAAAUGAGAUCGCUCAGCAGAACAGGAUGACAGGAAAGGCAGAGAUGCUGUUGCUUACUGGAAUCUGGUUGUACGCGAUUGUGUUGACGAUUCCUCCGGCUAUGGGCUGGAACAAAUUUAUUCCUAUUCCUUCACGAGUAAGCUGCCAUCCUGAUUGGUAUUCCCAGGACCUCAGCUCCAGGUCUUACAUCAUAUAUCUGGUAACGUUUGGCUUCUUUAUCCCUUUGGUGAUCAUACUUGGGAGCUACGGAGGGAUAUACAGGUGCAUUCGAAACAGCUCUGUGCCCGGGGCAAAUGAAGAUGCUAGGGUGCGGCAAAUACGGUCUAGGAAUAAAACCGUCCGCCUGGUGAUUUCCAUGACUUUGGCAUAUUUUGUAAGCUGGUCUCCGUACUGCAUUGUCAGCCUGAUCGGUACCGCAAUCGGCCACGAAAGUGUCUCCCCUUCUUUGUCUCUGGUUCCUGAAAUAAUGGCAAAGGCUUCUGUGGUCUACAACCCGAUCCUGUACGUGCUGCUUAACGCAAAGUUCCGAGUCACUCUGAUACAGUUCUUUAGCUGGAGUCGUGUCGGUAAUGUCAUUUCUGAGAGCUCCAAUGCUGAUGAAAACACCACAGGGGUAAUGGAAAUACAAACAAACUCGCUACGCCAUCGAGACAUAUAAAGUAUGAUACUACAUCUGAGUAAAUCAGACCAAUACAAUCACGGGUCAGACUGAUUUUCUUCGUGAGCUCGUAGAUUUCACUUUAAAACAUUAAUUUUUUCCACUACACGGUAGGUAGUAAAGUUGAGGUUCAGUAGUAUAAACAUUUAUCGUCAAUUACUAUUUUCUGCCGCGCGUCUGACACUGAGAUGGUCGCUCAUAAUACGCUCAAAUAGGAUCGAUCUAAAUAUGCGAAGCAAAACAAUUUAUUUUGCAUUAUUUUAGAAAACCGAGAUGGUUCUAACUGCUUUUAGACUAAGACAGAUUCAUGGGUAAAGUUUGAAAGAAACAGAUUUUUUUGAACCGAAAUGCACCGGACUGCUUUUGGAGAGAAUUCUUGUUUAUCUCAUUAAAUGUGUUAGGUUGGUUCGAUUUUUCUGUAUUUCAUUGAAAGUAAAGCAACGCUUUGGGUUGAUCAGGUUUUUUAACCGCAAUCAAACUUAAUUGAUUGAAAAGGCAUGGUUAGUCGUUUCCGCAGGCUUACUGAAGUCGACCGAGGGCUUCAGAAGCCACUCGCGACGCUAACUAUUAACAAAAAACAAAGUGGUGAGUUACUCGCGCACUUUGGAUACCUGAAUAGGGAUGAUGCUUUUAUAGGUGCACAAAUCGCCGAAACUGAACAAAUUACGCCAACUUCCUAAAUUUGUGAACGAAAGAAGUUUGGUGAUAAUUAGUCUCACGGGUUAACACAUUUUAACUGGAAUUGCGUGGGGAAGUGAUACAUUGGGAAACUGUUACUGAUUCAGCGUCAAGCAGUUGCGUUUGGAGACGGUUGGUCCCAGUUGAAGGCGAUCUUAGGUUGUAGAUUCGAUUUUAUUUCUUCCAUAAGACUAGUUUUCAUAGGGGUAUUACUACUCUUAAUCAUGAGUGUGUGUGAAAACGAUUUUUAGUUCUUAGGGGUACUUUUAAGGCUCCCAGUUUGCCGUUGUAUGGCGUGUUGUCAAUA